AUGGUCGCUGGAAGCCCUACACGCGACACCUACAACGCCUCAAACUUCGCUGACCAGGCAAUCAGCUUCGUCUGCCUCGACUACAGCGGAACUGUCUCCAACAACCCCGCUUACGCUCAGCGCCAGGACAUCAACUUCCCCGACAUCAACAUGUGUCAGGACGGCAUCCGCCUCCAGGUCUUCUUCCCCCAGUGCUGGGAUGGCGUCAACCUCGACAGCUCCGACCACAAGUCACACAUGGCCUAUCCCGUCGACACCUACGACGGUGGCCACUGUCCCGAGUCGCACCCAGUCCACACCGUCGCGAUAUUCUACGAGCAGAUUGUGCCGGUCAGCAACUUCAACUACUGGGGCCAGGGAGCCUACGCCCUGUCCACCGGCGACCCGACUGGUCUGACGUACCACGCGGACUUCCUGAUGGGAUGGAAUCAGUCUGUGCUGCAGGACUCGGUCGACAACUGCCACAACAUGAACGGUGACAUCACUCUGUGCCAGGUUCUUGUACCGUACAUCAAUGAGGAUGCCGCGUCAGCAUGCACUCUGGAUGCUCAAGUCGUUGACGAGGAUGUCGGACUCGGCGACCAGAUCUCGGCGCUUCCUGGAUGCAACCCCGUGCGGACGGACUUCUCUACGGAGGCGAGCUGCCCUAAUUCGGUCACGCCCGGGUUCUUCAACCCUGUGGCGACACUCACUCCGGGAUGGACGGACGUUGGCUGCAUCGCUGAGGGCACGAAUGGGCGUGCACUGACGGGCGCGUCGACGACGUCGCCGAACAUGACUGUGAACUUCUGUGCGGGCUUCUGUGGAAGCAAGGGAUAUACAUAUGCGGGCGUCGAGUUUGGUGACGAGUGCUACUGCGGGAGCUCGUUUUCGAAUGGAGCGAAUGGGAGCGUGACGAACUGGUACGAUUGCAGCACUCCCUGUGCGGGUAACCCAGAGUAUGAGAAGUGCGGCGGCCCGCAGAGGCUCGAGCUCCUGAAGGCUGGUGGUGCUCCCGUCUCCAUCUCCUCUUCGGCCGCUCCCAACUCGACACCCGUCCCCGUUCUCUCAUCCUCGGCCGUCCCUCUCCCGGCCUCUUCUUCGGCCGUCUCUCUCCCAGCCUCCUCCUCUGCCAUCCCUACUUCCCAAAUUUUGGCUGCCCCCACGCCGUCUUCGGUCACGGCCUCCGUCUCCGCUGUGCCCGCUUCGGCUUCCUCCGCUGCACCGGCUUCUGGUUCAUCCUCUGGCUCAUGGGCCUCCGCAGGCUGUGUCCAGGACGGCCCCUCCCGUGCCCUAACUGGCUACAGCUUCACCUCAUCGUCCAUGACAACCGCGACGUGCCAGUCGACCUGCGCGCAAAAGGGCUUCACGAUGGCCGGUAUUGAAUACGGCGAUGAAUGCUACUGCGGUAACUCGUUUGAGAACGGUCUUGGCCAGCAGGUCACCACCGGCCCCGCGUGCUACAUGACCUGCAAUGGUGCGCCCAACGAGAACUGUGGUGGCAGCUGGACGCUGAGCCUCUACACACUCAACGGCGCUGCGCCUGCUUCCUCUGCGUCUACCUCGUCCGCCCCUGCUCCUGCCGCCUCGGUCCCCGCCAACAACAGCGCCUCUGGCUCCUCAUCUGCGUCUGGCACCUGGACUUCCGCCGGAUGUGUCCAGGACGGCUCCGCUCGUGCCCUCACAGGCUACUCGUUCACCUCGUCGUCUUUGACGACCGCAAUGUGCCAGACGACUUGUGCGCAGAAGGGUUUCACUAUGGCCGGUAUUGAGUAUGGCGACGAGUGCUACUGUGGUGACUCGUUCCAGAAUGGUCUUGGCCAGCAGGUCACCACUGGCCCCGCAUGCUACAUGACAUGCAGCGGCGCGCCCAAGGAGAAGUGCGGUGGCAGCUGGACCCUGAGCCUCUACACACUCAACGGCAGCAGCGCAGCAAAGCGCUCCACGAAGCGCUCUAAGCACUUUGGCCGCCACCACCAGCUCCGUUCGCAUUUCUGAGUUUGCCCCAGCCCGGGGACCGCGUUCCCGGCUGCCGCGCUGAGGCCUGGUCCUCUGCGCCCCUUUGAUUUCCAUUCUCGCUAUCGCUACUCUGCUCUUCGUCGCUCUCAGUCCUCGCCUUGCAUCACGAUUCUCGUCUUUCUCACACCAUCGUUGUCUCCCUGCUCUCGCAUUCAAGUACCCCAUCCGGCUCCGGCACGGCCCGCAUGAGUCGCCACCUCCCAUUCUCUCGUCUCUCUCGUCUUCAAGUCUCGCAGACGCACGUAUCAGGUUGGGAGAGAGCGGACACACUUUUCGGCAACGCACGCGGCGCGCUCAGCUUGCACUCAACGACACACUUUUACUGGAUAAAAUUGCCUACGCGAGUGCUACGCCCCGCGCCACCACGCACGCACCGUCCGCGCUCUUUGACUUGCGAGCCCAACCAUCAUGCGUCUUUUCUCAUCGGUUUUACCCUGACGCGCUAGGCUUUCGCGUCCGGUUUUCGAGUUGUCGUCGUAGCUUGUAGCUACGCCUGCCAGAGUUUCUGUUUGCUUCCGCGAAUAAAGAUUGAUUUUGCA